AUGGCAUCGUUUGACCAGCUGUGGCGUGCGUUUGACAUCCUGCGAUCCCUUGAGCAGGCGGAAGGAGACGGAGCCGAGCUCCUGGCCACGUGGGCGCUGCUGGAAGUGGCAGCGCCGGGCGCUGUAUUGCAGCACCAGCAGCAGCAGCAGCAGCAGCAGCAGCAGCAGCAGCAGCAGCAGCAGCAGCAGCAGCAGGGGCAGCCGUCGGCUGCGUUUCAGCCCGCCUGCUGCUGUGGCUCGCUCGCGCCCGGCCAGCCGCUCCUCGCGACCGGCUCGCCCUUUGGCUGCUUAGCCCCCUACCACUUUAGCGGCACCGUGGUGGCCGGCUGCGUGUCCAACAUGCUGCCACCCGCACGGGGCGCACCCAGCAGCAGCAGCGGCGCCGGCAGCGGGGCCGCCGACGGCGACGGCGGCGGCGGCGGCGGCGGCGGCGGCAGCCUGUUUCUGGUGGACGCCCACUGCUACCCCGGGAUGGAGGGCGCGCCCCUGACCUGCGAGUCCUGCGGCAGCCUGCUUGGCGUGUUGGCGCCCCCGCUUUCGACGGCGGCGCAGCACUGUGAGGUGCUGGUGGCGUUUGCGGCGCGCCAGCUGCUGCCGCUGGCCGCACGCGCCCUGGAACAGCACCUGCGCUGGCAGCAGCAGGCCCUGCCCGCCCAUGAGCAGCAGGGGCAGCGGCAGGGCGGCCAGCCGCCGCUCCUUUCGCUGCAGCAGUGCCUCAACGCCGGCGGCAGCUGCGGGACAUGCCAGGGGCUGCCGAGCAGCUGCCUGGCGGGCGUGGUGCUGAUCCGGGUGGCUGGCAGCUGGGCGACAGGUGUGGCUCUGCCCAACGGUCUGGUCCUUACCAAUGCACAUUUGCUGCCAGAAGACGCCACCAGCAGCGACGGCAGCAGCGGGAGCAGCGGCCGCCGCGGCAGCGGCGGCGGCGGCGGCAAGGGUGCGGGCGGCCCGGCGUCCGCGUCCGUCGCCCUGGCGUCCGAGCCGGUCGUGUCCCAGAAGGUGUUCUUCGACUUGGUGCAGGGCGACCAGAGCCUGGGCCGCGUCGUGCUGGGGCUCUACGACAACACCCCCAAGACGUCUGCCAACUUUGCGGCGCUGGCCACUGGGGAGAAGGGCUUUGGCUACAAGGGCUCCAUCUUCCACCGCAUCAUCCCCAACUUCAUGUGCCAGGGCGGCGACUUUGAGCGGGGUGACGGGCGUGGCGGGUACAGCAUCUACGGCCGCCGCUUCGGGGACGAGAACUUUGAGAACAAGUUCGAGCCGUACGUUCUGGCCAUGGCCAACGCGGGCCCCAACACUAACGGCUCCCAGUUCUUCAUCACCACCGUGGACACCCCCUGGCUGUCGGGCCGUCACGUGGUGUUUGGCAAGGUGCUGGAGGGCAGGGAGGUGGUGGACACCCUCAGCGCCACCAAGACCGGCCGCGGCGACCGCCCCAUCACGCCCGUCGUCGUCCAGGACUGCGGCGUGCUGUGA